AUGUUCACGUCUUACCGCCAGAAUGAUUGGGUAGACUGGCUUUCAAUAGCAGAAUUCACUCACAAUAAUUCCGUCACUGUAACUGGUCAUAGUCCAUUCAAAAUACUCUACGGAUAUAACCCCGAGUUUACUUUUUCACCAAUUUCCAAUUCUAAAGUACCUGCAGCUGAUGAACGAGUGGAUGCAAUGAGAGAAGCUAAGGAGGAUGCAGAUAGUAUGCUGCGAAUGGCUAAUGAGCGGAUGAAAAGAUUCUAUGAUAAAGGAGUCAAAGACGCACCACAAUUCGAAAAGGGAGACAUGGUCUGGCUUAACACCAAAAAUAUC